AGUUGGAAAAACGAGCGAAAAUCGUGAGAUAAUUGUUUACAAUUACGUUUUAAAUCAUCGACACCACUUAUUAUUGAAUUAAAUAGUGUAAUUUUAGUCAGCAGUGAAAUAAUCAUAGAUUACAACAGUUUAAAGCUAUCUUUUUACCAGUGAAAUGUGUUAAUUCCGGCAUAAUGCCUGCUAGGACUCGCGCAGUCAGAGCGCCAAAAGCGUCCAAAGAAAAUGUAGAGAACCUGCUCAAAAAUAAGGCGAAAAACACAAGGCAAGCCACAAAACCGGCACGUAAACCUUUAGCGGACAAAACGAACUCGGCCUCAGAUGAAAAUACUAGUCCAGGGCCCGUCAAAAAGGUUAUCAAGAAGUCGAACAAACCAAUACAAAAACCUAUUGCAGCAGUUCCUGUUACUAUUGACGAAAAUAGACCACGUCGAAACAGGCGUCUGCCGCCUAGAUAUGUUGAAAACGAAGUGUUAAACAAACUGUCUAACAGUAAAGAAAAUGCAGUUUCUCCUACCAAGUCACUUAAAAAAACCCCUGUUAAAAACACUGUCAAUGUAGAAUCACCAUUCAAAACGCCAACUACAGUACUAGAUAAUAGUCUGCUUGCAAAUAGACCGAAGAGAGUUAGUAGGCUGCCUUCUAAAUUUGAUGAAAACUCAAGCCCUAACAAAUUUCUUCCAACUCAUUGUCAUACUAGCACACCAUUGGUGUCUAAGGCACAUGAGAAGCCUAAAGAUGUUAGAAAAGCGGUAGUUGGCAAACAGAAACAAGGCCAACAACAAAAAAUUGAAAAAGCACCAUUACAAAUAACACCUCAAAGAGUUUCACCAAGAAAAGGUACAUUGCAGAAAGCAGCGCCACAAAAUACUUCAUCAGAAAAAGCUACCUCACAGAAAGUGACACCUCAAAAAAGUCCUCAAAAUCAAAUACCCAAUAAAGUUACACCACAGAAAACUAAGAUCACUCAGAAAAAACUUGUACAAAAGAAAUUAAGUGAAGUUGUGAAAAACUACAUAGAUACAAACUUAAAUCAAAAACAAGACAGGGUAAGGCGACUAAGAAAACCUGUAGAAUAUAAAGAGGAUACCCUAAGUCCUAAAUUAAAGAGCCCUGAAAAGAAAUCAACAAACACUGGAGAUAAGAAAAAUUUUAAAGCAAAUUCUUCAUUUAGAAUUCUUGAAGAGAAAAAGUCGAAAAAUGGUGAGCAAGACAUUUAUGAGUUCACAUUUGAUCCAACUGAAGAGCCUGCACCUCAAAAGAAGAAAAAGAAGAAACUUACUACUAGAAAACCAACCAAACCAAAAAUAAGGGUCUAUAAGAACAAUUAUGAGAAAAACAUCGCAAAAGCUUUGGCAGACUUGAAAAAUGUAGUUACCAAACAAAAACCAGACAGUCAAACGGCACCAGGAACCUCAAAUACUGUGCAACCAGGUAAUAAUGUUGUGCAACAAGCAAGUAACAAAACAGCAGUCUCUGCACCUAACCCAUCUUCAACAGUCAUCAGCACAGUUGCCGAGAUACACCCUGAUUAUGAGACAAACAUGGCAAGAGGUUUGGCAGACUUGAAAAAUGUAGUUUCUAAUCAAAAUCCGGGGAGUAAAACUGUCACAAAAACCUCAAAUACUGUGCAACCAGGUAAUAAUCAUCACAGUUCAAUAGUCAUCAGCACAGUUGCUGAGAUACACCCUGAUUAUGAGACAAACAUGGCAAUACAUAUGGCAGACUUGAAAAAUGUAGUUUCUAAACAAAAUCCAGAGAGUAAAACAGUCACAAAAACCUCAAAUAUUGUGCAAGCAGGUAAUAAUCAUCACAGUUCAAUAGUUAUCAGCACAGUUGCCGAGAUACACCCUGAUCCAGCUCAAAAUACUUCUGUAAGAAGUAAUGUGUCCACUAAACAUGUUUCAUACAGGGUUGAAGACAUUGCUGCUGAUUUUGAUGCUUCCAUGGAUCAUGAAAUUAACUACUCUCCAGUGAACUCUCCUCACAGAAUUGAACCGGAGCCAGAAAGUUGUCCAUCCAAUACAAACCAAGAGUACAUUAGGCCUGAUGAUCCUUUAAAUCUACGUAAUGAUUUAAGCUUCUUUGAUGAGCAACCUGUCGCAAAUAGUAGUAUGAAUGCUUCAAAGAACCCAUCUGCAACACCGUGGCGUGCUGAAUUUGAAAAUCUACCUAUUAAAUGGCAGGCAAACACAUAUGUGAAACCAGAUAUGACUCCUGCUUUAGAAUGCUCUUUUGUCAACCAUUUUGAUGAUAGCAAGAAGAAACAUGUUUAUACUAACAUGGUUACAGAAUCUAAUGAUGCUUUACCAGAACUAGAAGAUGCGGCGCCCAAGUUAAAGCAAACAAGCAUAAUUUCAUUUAUCAAAGAAGUUUGUGAAAAGAAAUCUAAUAGAAAGAAGAGGGGAGCCUCAGCCACACCUACCAAAGCUAAUUCAUUAUUUGAUAUGUCUAAUGUAACAAGAAGUGUAGCCACACCAAGGAAAGAAACAUCUGGGGCUUCCAACAAGAGUGCUGAAAAUGAAAUUAGUGACCACAACAAACCACAGAAACGUAAAAAUAAUGUUGAUAAUAAUCCCACUCCAGCUAAACUACCUCGUAAGAACAAUGAGAAUACACUGUUCGGUUUUGAUGACAGUGAAAAUCAGGAGAAUGUUUCACCAGUAAAAGUUGAUAAUAACAGAUUACGAAGCCUCAGGUCACGGUCAGGAGCUGUGCUCAAAGAAAUAAAUAAGCAAACGGGACCUAUGAGGGCUGAAUUACCCGCUGCAAUGAAAGCUAAGCUUGCCCCAAGCUCCGAGGCAGUGGAGAAGAUCUAUGAUCAGAUAAAGUCUGCCGCUGAUGCACCUGUAUUGCUGGAUAAGCAGGGAGAUGCUGAGGUUACAAAUGUUGAGAUGGCUGAUGGCUUGGAAGAUGAUAGCCAAUCAGUGCAUUUAUUUGAAGACAUUGAGUUAGUUCAUCAUUUGAAGCCAACCCGCAAAAGCUAUGGAAAGGCCAAAAAGGUGAUGUUCCAAAACACAUCCGACAGCGCGUCUGAGGACGAAGCUCGCAACCAGUCCAGUGAUGAAGAAGUCGACAAUCUUGAAGACCUGAGCUUCCAUCUACCGCAGGUUAAGGCCAAGAAAGCCACUAAGAAGAAGAAAACUAAGAAACAGUUGCUGUCAAAGAAAGAGAAAGCGGAGGUGGACGCCUGGGCAGCAUGUUUCAACUCCAUGUGUGAGGACGUUGAAGAAUUUGACUUGGUGGUUGAAUAGAUCUAUAAAUAUCAAUGAAAUCAUGGAGCAAUCUUCUAAGUUUGAUGCAAGUACAAUGAAAAUGGGUUGAAAUUCCAUGGAGAAUGUAUCCUUUUCAUUAGUUUUGAAUAUUUUUAUGUGUGUUUGGUUUAAGAUUACCACGGGU